UGUCCACAGUGGCUUGCUAGCAGCUCUGGCUCCCUCCGCUUUUCGUCUUCCGUUUUCCACGACGCAUCAGCAGAGCUGACCAGUCGAGAGAGAGGGAGAAAGAGAGGGAGAGAGAGAGAGAGAGAGAGAGAGAGAGAGAGAGAGAGAGAGAGGCGGUGACAGAGCUGCUUCUAUCCUAGAGGAACACUACAAUGGUAUGUGCGAGCACUAGGCUAGGUCCACCGAAAAACGGUGCUGCCGUUCUUCACGCCAGCGCCUGGUUUUGAGUGACCUCUAAAGCUCGGCGAUUUGGAGCUUUUCGUCGAAGACCUCCCCAUUGCUUGACCGCGGACACGGAGUAGAUACCUCAUGGGUGCACAUGGUAGCAUUCCGUAAGCAGCACGACUGGAAUAUAUGUGACGUUAAACGCGUUUUUUGGGAGAAGAUAGCAUACCGCCUGUAUACCGCUCGUGCAUAAGGAUACGUAUUUAGCGACGUAGUACGCCCUGUAUCUACGUAAAAGGCCUCACGAUAGAAGCAAUAACAGGCCUUCUGACAUGGCGGACAACGAAGAAAGCUUUGGGCUUCAAAACUCUCCAAACGACACUGAUGCAAAAGAUUUGCAUGAGAGUAAAUCUGAGAAACAGAAUGGGAACUCGGGCAAAUCCCCAUCAUCCCAAACAACGUACAUUCAACAGGGAAUGGAGGGAAUCAAAGUUUACUUACAUGAACGGGAGUUGUGGAUGAAAUUCCAUGAAGUAGGGACCGAAAUGAUUAUCACCAAAGCAGGGAGGCGAAUGUUCCCAAGCUUCAAAGUGAAGGUCACUGGACUGAACCCCAAAACGAAAUACAUUCUGCUGAUGGAUGUCGUGCCAGCGGACGACCACCGCUAUAAAUUCGCCGAUAAUAAAUGGUCAGUGACAGGAAAGGCAGAGCCUGCGAUGCCUGGCAGGUUAUAUGUUCACCCAGACUCUCCAGCUACUGGAGCGCACUGGAUGCGCCAGCUUGUCUCCUUUCAGAAGUUGAAACUGACUAACAACCACCUCGACCCAUUUGGACAUAUUAUUUUGAACUCUAUGCAUAAAUACCAGCCGAGGAUCCAUAUCGUGAAGGCGGACGAAAAUAACGGCUUCGGCUCUAAAAACACAGCGUUCUGCACCCACGUGUUCACCGAAACGGCCUUCAUUGCGGUCACUUCGUACCAGAACCACAAGAUUACCCAGUUAAAGAUUGAAAACAACCCAUUUGCAAAGGGUUUUCGGGGCAGUGAUGAUAUGGAACUACAUCGCAUGUCAAGAAUGCAGAGUACUAAAGAGUAUCCGGUGGUUCCCCGAAGCACAGUGCGUCAAAGAGUGGGUACCAGUCAGAGCCCAUUCAGUGGAGAUGUUCAGGGCAUGCCUACACCCAGUGCCAUCAGUUCUCAGUACUCAUGUGAAAAUGGGGUCACCAGCACCUCCCAGGAUCUCCUGCCCCAGUCCAGCUCUUAUCCACUACCCCAUGAGCACAGUCAAGACUAUCACUGCAUCAAGAGAAAAGUUGAAGAUGACUGCCACACAGGAGAGCACUCCUACAAGAAGGCCUACAUUGAGAGUCCUUCUAGUGAAGAGGACCAUUACUACCGGCCUGUCAGCUACUCUCAGAGCCUGGGCCUCACUGGUGCUCCCUAUCGGACCGAGUCGGGGCAGCGGCAGGCAUGCAUGUACGCCAGUGCUACACAAGCUAACGAGCCAAGCCUGGAAGACAUCAGCUGCAACACCUGGGCUGGCGUGUCCCCCUACAGCAGUUGUUCUGUGACCACCAUGCAACCAAUGGAGCGGUUGCCCUACCAGCACUUCUCUGCCCACUUCACCUCUGGACCUCUAGUGUCCAGGCUGAGCGGGGUAGCGGGCCACACCUCACCACAGCUAGGCGACGCCCACGCCAUGUACCAGGGCUCAAUGCCACACCAGACUCUUGGCCGACAGUGCAGCCCUGGGGCAGGGAUCCAGUCGCCAAGUGCAGCCAGCCUGCAGGGGAACGAGUACUUGUACACUCAUGGCAUACCCCGCACUCUGUCCCCCCACCAGUACCAUACUGUGCACAGUGUUAGCAUCAUGCCUGAAUGGAACGAGGGCAGCUAAUUGGAUUCUUUACACGCAAGAUAAAGUACGGAGGGAAGACUGUUGCAACGCAAAUGCGUAAUUGUAUAUUUAUAUUCUGAAGCUUUCCACCGCUCUGUGCAAUUGUGUAGCAUUGUUGAUUUGGACACAAACGUUGUAAGCAUCAGCUCAGAACAAAAAGAAAAAACAGAAACUGACUAAAACAGCAAUGAAUGUCUCAGCAGUCCAGCAAGUUUGCUGUACUAGAAGGCAGGAGAUACGGAGAAAUAGAGAUUUUCUUUCACGGUAUGAGCAGUAAGUAGUGAAGUAUGAAAGUUUAUACUGUGCUCUCUAAAUCAGGGCUGAAGACAAGCUAAUUAAAUACUAUUGCUUUUUCAUCGAAAGGACACACAUUGGACUGCCCAUAGUUUUAUUGAUGAAACAAUUUUCUUAAAAAAAAAGGAAAGAAAAGAUCAGUUUUUAUAGUUUUUUAUGUUUGUGUUGUUAUGCUCUGUUUUUGUACUCUGAAAUACUGGAGGAAAUUACGUAGAUUCUUAAGUCUUUAAAAUGUAGUGUUUCUAAGAAAAUGUUUUGAGUUGAAUUUUCCACCAGUUCUAUUUGUAUUACAUUACAACUCGAAUCAGAAGCAGCCUUUUACACCAGUGAGCACAUUCAUGUCUAAUUCACAGCUGUUUUGAGCACGACUUUUAGUUGUCGCAGAAUGAAUGCACUUAGUAGUUUUAGACAUUCAGGGAUAUGCUACAGUAAGUUUGCUUGGCAUUUUGGCCACACAAUCACGUGUCUCUCAUGAAGUCUAUGGCUGGGCUAAAGUGACUGUUACAACAAUAUGUUCAAUAUCAGUUAGCAUUAAAUUUUUAUAUGGUGAGUACCACCAAUGAUACAUCACCAUCUCCAUUUAAUGGAACAACUCAGUACUUUUUAAUAGCACUAUUCUAGCUAAUGCUAGCUGUCAUAAACCAGUUAAAAGCCCACCAUAAGUCAUAAUAACUGCACAGGGUUAUUUUCAGUCAUUUUUAAAGUCAGGUAUACUCUGUAUACUAUUUCAACAUUAGAAUGACUGCUUCAAGUGUGCUAUAUGGAGCAUUAUGUUACCAAUAUUUAACUCCUAUGGAUUUUAUUCAUAUGAAGAACCUUCUAGAACCUUCUGAUUAACAUACACAAAAUAACAGCUUCAAAUUAAUCUUAAGGACAUUCAGGAAUAUGGCUGGGUACAAACAAAUGUUUGUUUUGGGAAAAGCUCAUUGUAACCACAUUACACCCUGUUAAUAGUAUUUAUUUUUCCUGUAUUAUAAAGCCUCUGAUUGUUUUAUCUGAAAUAUUUGUUAGAUUGUCAUUUCCUUUUCUAAUGUUUUUGCUUAGAAUUCUUUUGUCUUUUUUUUUUUGAAAAACAAAACAAGCUGGAUUAGAAAUCUGAACACAUAUAAAUAAUUGUCAGAAGAGCAAACCGUACAGUGUGACAUGAACUACUUGGAUGUAAAUAAAAUAAUUGUACAUAGAAAACAGAACAAAUAAAUCUAAAAGAUA